AUGGGUUGGUUUUGGGCUGAACAACAUACUAGCAAACCCUUAAGAGGUUCUUCGGCUGCAGCAUGUCCUAUCGAUCACACAAAAUUAUCCAAAUCAAAUUCAAAUCAAGAGUCGUUGUGUCCGGUUAAACCAAACGUAGCUUCAGGUUCAGCUUCAGAAUGUCCAGUUAAAGAUGAUAUUGAAGUGUUGAACCCCUUGAAUAAUAUGCCCAUGGCCAUAUCAUCAGAGAGAGCUCCAGGACAAAAAGUCGUUCUUUCAACUGAAAGAACCAUUAGUUCAAUUCCAAGAGGUGAGUCAGAUGAUCAAGGUUUAUGGGAAUAUCCUUCACCUCAACAAAUGUUAAAUGCCAUGUUAAGAAAGGGUAAAGGUGAUGGUAUUCCUGAAGAUGCAGUUGAAUCAAUGGUUGAAGUUCAUAAUUUCUUAAAUGAAGGUGCUUGGCAACAAAUUUUAGAAUGGGAAGAUAAACAUAGUCAAUCAACGAGAGUUGAACCAAGAUUAUUACAGUUUACUGGUAAGCCUCAUGAAUUAUCUCCAAGAGCAAGAAUGUAUCUUUGGUUAGGUAAAUAUUUCCCAGAAACUUUUAAUACUCAACCUCCUUUUGAUAGACAUGAUUGGACUGUUUUAAGAUCUUUAGGUAAAAAUAAAGGAUGGAAACAAGUCAGAUAUAUCAUUGAUUAUUAUGGUGCUCCAGAUGAUGAAGAAACAGGAAUGCCUUCGUUCAUGUUAGAUACCAGACCGGCUUUGGACAAUUUUGAUAAUGCUUUUGAUAGAUUUGAACAUUGGUCUGUUCCAUUAUGGAAAAAGGCAAUGGGUGAAGUUAGUUCAUCUGAAAACUAA